AAGGAAGGAAGGAAGGAAGCCACUGCUUCCUUUGGUGGUGCUGCUUCAGUGAUGAUUUCGCUCGCGAAGGAUACGGUUCACAAAACAAAAAGCUCCUCCCGAAGAAGAAAAGUCGGCUCAAUCUGGGGAUAGAUCCUUAUGUUGGCAGAAAAGAAAGAAUAAGCUUAAACAGUGGAUGAGCUGUUGCUCCGGAAGAUCCUUAUCUUUAUGGCCGAAGGAAGACGACUGCAGAGUGUUUUCCACCGAUGCCGACGUUCUGUCUUUCAUGUUUUGUACACCCGGCGGCGGCGUUUCUCGCUAGACAAUCCAAAGCCCAAAUCCCAGCGGAUUACAUCAACGUGUGUUAGUGAAUAAAAUUUAGAGGAAAAAACAAACAAUGUUAUGAAGUAAAACUUUGAGAAAAUUUGCAGUGAAAAUGUGUUUUAGAAAAAUAUAAAUAAAUGCAGUCUAAUAUUAGUUCUAAGUGAUUGUUACCAAGUUAAAGCAGAAAAUCGAAGAAAACGAAAUCUAGCAAAAAUGGCCUUACAGAAGAAGCUUUCUUCCAACGAGUUUGAGCUAUCGUCAAUCAACAAAAUGAACAACAACAGUGGCGGGGGUGGUCAAGCUGGAAGCAGCUCCGGCACCGCCAACAACGAUCCAAACGGAAACGGAAUCACGGGGAUAAUCAGCAGCGGAAACAACAGCAACAACAACAGCGGGGCAAAGGUCCCCGUCAAGAAGAUACAGUUCAGCACGCCCGAGUUUAGCAUCACACCGAUCGAGGCGAUUCCGGGCCAGGCAGUGAAGCCGCCGCCGAACCGGAGAAGGGAGGAAGCCAUCGUGAUGGCCAACCUGCGCAAGCGAGUCGCCGCCUGUGACCUGAACAAGAACGGCCGCCGGAACAUACCGGCGCCGAACCUGGACGACAUCAGCAUCAACGACACCGGUCAAACGCAGGACCAGCUUGACCAACGCCCGCUACUCCCCAAACCAGCCAGUUCGACCACCCUGGACCGGAAGGACCGCCAGAAGAACGGCGGCACCGGAAUCACUACGGUCGGUACGGAGGAUGGCGGUGAGGGCUCGCCCAAGGUGAAGAUCGUGAUGGACAAGGACUUUAUCUUCGAGUGCAUGUGCUGGCACAACGAGUACCGGAUGAGGCACGGGGCGCCGGCGCUGUCCAUUUCGGCGGAACUGUGCGAGAUGGCAAACCAGUGGGCGAACCACCUGGCCAACACCAACGAGCUGUACUACCAAAUCGGCUCCAACUACGGGCAGAACAUAUUCUGCUGUCCGGCCAACUCGCUGCUGACGGAUUUGUCCGGGCAAGAGGUGGCCACGUACUGGUACAGCACCAACCGGCGGUACGACUACUUCAAGGAGCCGCACCUGUUGCACACCAACGUCAACACGGGCCACUUUUCCCAGAUGGUUUGGCGGGCGAGCCGGUACUUUGGCGUUAGCAAGUCCAUCUCCAAAACGGGCAAACUGUUCGUGGUGUCGUACUACUACCCGGCGGGGAACGUGAUGGGCGAGUUCCGGCAGAACGUGCUGCCCCCGAUCGUGGCCACCGACGCCGACCCGCACCUGUCGCGGCCACCCUCCAGCAAGGACCUGGAGAAUCUGAGUGCUUCCCACUGAGUAAAUAAGAAACGGUGUUCCAUUAUGUAACAUAUAAGAUACUUCCUAAGCCACAGACUAACCCCAUGGAUUUCAUCGUUUUUAAAGAAACUAUUAACCAACAAGCCACGUGUACAGAUGUUGUAGAGCUGCGCACUCUGUCCUGUCUGUUUUUCAGUUUUUGUUCGUGAUGUUACUGUUGAUGUUCUCUAGGAGAAAAAUAAAACACAUGAGCUUGAACCCUUUUACCAGCUAUACAACAUCCCUGUAAAACCAUUCGAACAAAAAACUCUUUCUACAGUGAAGAAGCUGUAUACUCGUGCAAACCUAUAUAACUAAUGAAAACAGCCUCGCUUAGAAGUAACCGUGUCUUUCCACAGUUUUUUUUUUUUGUUUUAGUUCACAUCUUUCAAAAUCCAAAAAGCAAAAGAAGAACUAGCAUUAGGCAGCUAUAGCUAAUAAAAACGUGAAUAACAUUUUGGAAAGCUACAAUCGACACACACCAUACCAAUAAGAAAAACCAGCAAGCAUUAAUAUUUAUAAUCACGUUAAAACUCAUUAGACUGCUUCCAGUUGUGAAAACGUAAAAGUAACAGAACAUAAAAAAAAUACAUAAGAAAUCAACCGAAAUUACCGUACCGAUGGAAACUAAUUGUUUACUAAUUGUGUGGCACAAAGCGUUUGACGAGAGGGUAUUAUUAGCACUUCAGGCGAUUUAGUUAAGUCGAAAUUAUGCAAGCGAAAUUGAAGUGUGAGAAUUUGCGGGCAUACGGAAUGUGUCAGGAAAAUCACCUAUUUGUUGGUCUUCGAGGUAAAUUGAAAACGGUUAAGAACAUAUUAGAGCAAGCAAAAUUUGAAGUGAUAAUUGCAACCGUCAUUUUAAUAAGCUUAAAAAGACAAUUUCAAAACAUUAACCAGAAAAUAAUUUCAGCUCUUGCAAAAGCUUAAAAGUCUGUAUCAGAAGAAAAUAUAUGUUAUGUUCUUUCAGUGUUUGCGAUUAGACAGAAAAGAAUAUCAGAAUAAUUUGCAUACAUUUUCGUAUUACUUCAUAAAUUUGAAUUAAAUUUAAGUGACUAUUAGAGACCUCUUUUGUAUGCUCUUGAAAUUAAGGCUGCUACAAAUGUUAUACAAUGUUUUUGUCCCUCGGCUCUGGUCGUGGUCGAGGUUAUGCAAAAUAUAUCAAUAAGUUCUAGAAAAUAUAUUUUUUCCAACGUCUUUUACCGGUAUUAAGUUCCAAAUAUUAAAAAAAUAAUUUAUUAUUUUAAAAGGCAUUAACAGGCGUAAUUUCAUAAAUCGACUGCCUAUUCUGAGUAGUUAACAAUCGAUUUUACUCUUUUUUCAAUAAAGAUUAAAAUUUUGUUUUCGCCCCCUGAUUUUUUAAGUAAUUUUGAGGGGGGAGGGCCAAACAGAUGUUUUAAAGAAUGCAAUAUAUCGAAAAAAUAUGGCCGCAAUCUAUUUGCUUUUUACCUUUCCGUCUUUUCUCUACUGAAAUAAUUUAAUAAACAUUUAACAAGAAGUUUGGGAUUAUUGUGCAUGAUUUUGUUCAGAAAAUUUAAAAAUUGUUUCAAAAACUUUAACAUUUCCAAUGUAAUGAAGAACUUUUCGAAUGACAAAAAAAUUAACAUUUCCAAUGUAUUGAAGAAUUUUUCGAACGACAAAAAAUGAAAAAUUUCCCGAUCUUUUCUACAAUUUUUUCAAAAUGUUAUAUUUCAAAUGAUUGCUGCAAUUUAGUUAUUUCUAUAUGCCUUAGUCUUGUUCAGCCAAAGUUGAAUUAAGAAAAAUACAUUUUUUUU